AAAUCACGCAAAAAGAGAAAAGUCAAACGUGUCCACAACAAAGUUUAUAUAUUAAUUUCAGCACUGCAAUAAAACGUGUUGGUUUUUUGUUUGUAAUGAGUUUGAAGAUUCAAGUGCGGAAGAAUGGAGGUGAUUGAAAGUCUAUUGAAAACUUUUGGGAGUUCUUGGAAGGAGAAAAACAAUGAAGCUGCUUUGAGAGCCUUAAAAGAUGCACCUGGAUACAUACGAAAUUUGACUCACAGGGAUGGUGGCAGAGCUCUGCAGAUAUUGUUCGAUGAGAAGCAGGGUGUGCUUCAGUUCAUUCAUACUGUGCUGAAUGAGAUGAGAAAACAUGAUAUCGAAAAUUUGAAAACUGCUUUGAAAGAAGCUUUUGUAGUUUUGCAGAUUCUUAUAGAAUUAUACAGUAAGGAUUACGAGCCUUACGUUGAGCAAACCAGAGAAUUGUGUUUUGCUUGUAUAAAAAGUACUUGUUGGUAUUAUACAAGAAGAGCAGCCACUGAAACUUAUCAACAAUUGAUUGAACAUUAUUCGCAUCAUGACUUGCAGUUGGAUUUUAUAGUUGAGCAUUUCACUUUGAGGUAUUUGCGGCAUUACAACAGGAAAGAGGGCUGUGUAUUUUACAUGCUCAUUGGGACAAUUGCCAAGAGUUGUCCUAUUAGAUCAGAUAAGUUGACUCAACAUGUCAAUGAAAUUUACGUACUAUUGCUUAAGGAUUUAAAAUAUCAGUAUGUCAGCUGCAAGAAUAAGUCAACGGAAGAAAUGAAAAUCUACAUAGAUUGCUACAUCGACAUGUUAAAAAACUUUGUGCCAUUUGCAGAAGAUCGUGCUAAAAGAAAAGAAUAUUUGGAAAAAUGUUUAGUUGAAUACGAAAGUUUUACGAAUAUUGGAGCACUAAGAUCUUUUUACACAAGUAUGGUGUCAUAUCUUUACAAGUGUGACAACGAGACUGCACUGGCACCUUUCCAGGUGUUAAUCUACGGUCUUGGAGAGUUUUCUUGUUUGUACAGAAGAUACGCUAACUCAGAAAUGCAUGAUGUUUUUCAAAAAAUUACCAUGCAAGCAUUACCUUACUACACAAAGGAAAAAGAGGCGGAUGACGAUUUCGAAUGUGUGGCUCAAUUUUUAAAGGCUUUAGCGCAAUUCGUGCACUACAUGCCUGAUGCUUCGAAUUAUCACAUUGGUGUUAUUAUUGAACUAAGCAUAUAUUUUGUGAAACGAUAUGGAGAAACAAAAAUGCAAAACAAGCUUCAUGCGACAAAUGCAUUGAAAGAUACAUUUCACCAUAUGAGCAAUUUGGAAAAGAACAUUCAGCAUGAAUACUUCAAUUCAUUUUUCCGAGAAGGAAUCCUUCAAAGUUGUUCACAUACUCUGCUAAUUGAUGUGGAAAUCAAAGAAGAAAUUGAAAAUACCAAAGAGCUGUCCUACAAAAACUAUUUGCUUCUAUGGAAUGAUUUGUUUAAAAUGGACAACCAAGAGUAUCCCAAGUUUCUAAUAUAUCAAAUUUUUAAUGAGAUGGUAUCAGUAUUCGUUUCUUUUAUAGAUAAAUUGAAUCUGAGCAUAAAGACUUGCGAUGAUGAAACGCUUUCUGGCUCGUCCUUUUUAUUCAAAGCAGAGAACGAGUUAGACUUUUUGUUUUUCAUCAAUCUUAUUGACUUGCAUUCAGAAAUUUUUUGCGAAGUUGAUAGUUGUUUGCUACAAGCAUCGGUUGAAAAACUUUUGGAAUAUUUCAUAAAGUGCUCGUACAAGCAUCCAAUGGUCUCUGGAUUUUAUAAAAUUAUCAAAGUUAUUUUUGAGAAACCGGACGUAUUUACAGAUUACAAAACUUCAUUCGGCAAAUCCACGCGUGAACUGAUUCCUCAGUAUCUGUCUGAUGUUCUGAAACUUGUUGGCGGCUUUUCCGACGAGUUGCAACUUACGUGCAUCUACAUGAUAUUCGGCAGCCCGGUAUUUUUCAUAAAAGAUUUGAUCCAAGAAAUGUCAUCAAUUUUCAAGAUUGCUUUCCACAUGGGCCUAACAGACCUUUCAGUAGCGUUUUGCGCGCUCAGCACACUAGAACAGUGGAUCAAGAGCAUUGAAUACAAGUAUCCAGCUGAUCUCAUCAAAAACAUUAUUUAUUACCUAGAGCCGUACCUCUCGAGCGAGGAGAGCUUGGUAGAAUCAUUUCGUGGUGUCGAGAAAAGAAGGGGACACAAUUUACAAAGUACACCCGUCCUUGACGAUCAAGGCCUGGAGGAGUUUCAGAAGAGAAUUUUGCUGUUUUAUGGGUCCCUCACCCAAACCGACAUACUUUUUGAUUACAUUCACGAAACGUCCAAUCGAACAAACGCUUCGUGGACCAAAAAAAACGAUCUACAGUGCGACUUGCUUUUCCCGGACAUUCGUUUGGAAAUCCAGUUCGACACUUUUCUCCCGAGGGUCAUUGAAUUGACAAAAAGCGGAGACAUUGGAGUGAAAAUUUCGGCAUGCGAGCUACUGCACACAUUGAUUACAAUCAUACUGGGCAAAAAGCUGAUGGACCAGUGUUUCGACAAAAAGCUGUGCUUCGAAGUUUUGAGAUUGGGCUGUGACCUGGACGACGCCGUGAGGAAUCUGUACCAUCCUUUCGUCAUUCAACUGACGCAUUACCUGAGCUCCAAGUUUAUGAAAGAUUCUCGAGUACCGCAGGAUUUCGUGGACUCUCUAUUCGACGGCCUUACCGAGGAGUUUCACACGUCCAUGCGGGACUUUUGCGGGUUGUAUCUCAAGGAAUUCGUGCAGUGGUCCAUGAGACAAUCUACCGAUGCCGAUCUGACCAACAUUCGAGCGAUCGUCCGCCGGAUCACGAGCUUCGCUCUGUUUCCGUCCAACAAAAAGCGCCUGGCUGCGGCUAUUGCCUUCAACAAUCUCUACACUAUUCUCAGAGAGAAUGUCAACAUCGUGAACGACUACUGGCUUGAGUUUUUGCACGCGUUCGUCAAAAGUAUGGAGGAGUACGACGACGUGCAGACGAGCAAAGCUCUCAGCCACGUGGAAAAAGUCAUGGUAGUCAAGAAAAACGUGUUUGUUGCCAAAAGCCCUGUCAGGAGGAAGCCCCCCGGGUUUACGGAUGAAACGCUCAAGGGCGUGCUUUUGUGGCUGUUCGAUCAGUGUGGUUCGAUCAACACCAAAUGCCGACGCCAGUGUAUGAGGAUCUUUGAAAAUUUGCUUCCUUUCAUCCCCGACUUUGAAGUUGCGAGAAUUUUCACCCUAGCCAAAGUAAACGAAGUAGUUUUAGCAAAUCUCGAAUGCGAAUUCGAUAUCAUUACACCACAGAGGGCGAAAACGUUCUUGAAAAGCUUGGAUUUUUACAGCUGGAUUUUCACCAAAAAGUUUCUUCCCAUUGAUCGCACUGAAAUGUUGGAUAGUUUUACAGAAAAUGAUGGAAAAUUUAUUCGGUCUGUGGAUUGUUUCGUUUCGAUGAUUACUGGAGCAAGUAGUCUUGGAGAUGAUGCGCUGCUAAACAUAUGUACGCACAAAGAGGUCGAAGAAAAUAAAAGGAUCAUUAACGAAGUGACGUCGGAAAUUUUAAACUUUUUGACAGUAAUUUUAAAUGAAAACGACAAUUGCGCCAAAUGCGUGUCCUGGAGCGAAAAUUUAUUUUUAUUGGUAGUUUAUUGCUUGACAGAACCGUCCAAGGUCGAACUAACGGCCAACUUACAAAAUUUCGAAAAAUUGCCCAGUCAACUGGAGAGUCUCUUGAAAUCCAUGAAACAAAAAUUACCAGAACAACAGUUUGAUCAGUUCAAAGAAAUUUUCUUAAAACGUACGAGGCGUCUUUUUCUGCAGUAUGCAGAAAUAACAGACAUCAUAAGUAGCAAAGACUUGUACACAUUAAAAGAGUUUGUCGACGGUUUGAUAGUAUUGAGAAAAUGUGACGUUUUUGAUUUCCAACAAAAGUUCAGCAUUGAUUUUGAGUUUUUAAACGUGAAGCUGAAAGCAAUGUUUGACGCUCUGAAAACUGUGAUAAUGAACUCUGAAACGUGCAGAAAACUAGACAAUCAAGUUUCAGAGUAUUUGAACAGGUUGAUGAAAUUUUUCCUAGAAGUUUGUGAAUCCGACGUGGUCGAGGUGUUGGUGCAGUUCAUUGCGAGUCGGUACAGUUCAUCGUUGACGGCACCAAAUGGAACUGAAAUAACUCACGGCAAGUACUUUCUUGAAACGUUCAAAGAACCAAUUUUGGAGUUUAUGCUGAAGGAUCCAAAGAAUACUCUAAAAGCCAUGGAGAAAGUCCUCAAGACACGAAUAAACAGUGACGAGAUUUUCUACCUAGUCAAUGAGUUGUUGAUUUUUGCUCAACGUCAACGGGGCUCGGAAGAAGCAGAAAUUCUAUCUGACGAAGUGAUUUCUAGGUUUUCUCUAUUUUCCGAAAACACGAAUAACAUUGAGAGUAGAAAAACACUAUUUUUCAACAUCAACAAGAAAGCCGUCCAGUUGAAAAAAAAUCCAACCACGGCUUUGAAAACCAAUGGAGAGACCAAUGAGUUUAAGACCUGGCUAUUCUUGGAGCUCACCAGGGGUGAUUCCGACUUGAGUAGAAAAACCUUGAUCCUAAAAAACUUUGCUACCUGUUUGGUGCACGAAGAUAACGAAACCUAUCAUAGGGACCUGAUAGUCAUCCUGUAUCAGCUGAGGGACAUGAAUCCUGAACAGUACUCGAUAAAGCUGAGGAACGACGAGCUUUUGAAAUUCCAGUCGUCACUGUGCUUUAAAACUCUACUGAAAUUAAUCGUCGUCACCAGGUCGACGAUCAUUUACGAAAUGGCCAUGAGAUUCGCAGCUGGUAUCCACAAGUUCUUAUCCAAGGAAAACAUCAAGGACUACCUGGGGCCCUACUUUUCCACCGUAUCGGAUGAAAAGGCCCUCACGUCGCUGCAAUCAGCUUACAACGUGUGCAUGAAGUCGACCUUGACCCAGGCAAGACUAGACGUCCUGAGGCAGUUUCUCUUGCCGUCGAUCGAACUGUGCAGGAGUAGCGUGAUCGAGAAAUUUUACAGAGAAAAGUCCCAAGAAAUGUUGGAGCACAUCAGAAAGGACAUGGGCAAACUGUACUGCGACCCGGUGGAUAGAAAGAAACUAAUCGUCUCCCAGAUGGCCUGCUACAACAUGUUCGAGGUGAUGCUGGCCAAACACGAGGUCGAAUUCGAGAGCGUCCCGGAUCCUAUGAACAACAGCAACGUGGAGCCGCUGAACCGAAUCCUCAUCAAGCAGAUAAUCGAUUUACGAACCUUCAGUGCCCAGAGCGACGACGAGAAGGAGAUCACGCGGCUCCUGCACUGCGCGGCCGUUAACUGUAGCGUCGCCUUGAUCAGUCUCAAGGACGAGGAAAAAUUCUACAAACUGGUGUUCUUCACAAACAAGGAAAAGGAACAGCUGCUCUGGGAGAGGAUCUUCGACCUCGACAGACAGUACGACUUCAGCCAGGCGCCAUCGAGCAUCCGCAAGGAGCGCAAGAAGCUCAUCAACAUCAGGCGUACCCUGAAAAACGAGCAGGACCCAUCUUACGUCCGACCCUACGACCUUGCGUCUCUGACUCUGCUGGAGAACAUCCACGCCUACGAUCUGAACGACACGACCGUGCUCGCGCAAGCCAAGCAGCCCUCGACCGAGGACGACCAGAGGCUGGACCUGGGCUUCGAGAGCGACGAGCUUAACGAGCACGAGUGCAUGCCGAUGCUGGUCGGCGUGAUCAUCCACAUGUACAACAGCGAGAUAGUCACCCUGCCGGAGUCCGAGAACCGGCAGCUACCGGUUUUCCUCGACAUGUUCCGGAGUGGCUUCCUCACCAGACACAACAACGCCAGGCUCCUCCUCAUGAGGAUCAUCUGCAACACCAAGACCGUCUUCCUGCACUACAUGCGAGAGUUCUUCCUGCCGGUCUGCGAGGCCGCCUACAUCUACCUGGCCGGCUACCCCCUGAACUACGUCAUUCGGGACGUCCUCGUGCUGUUCAUCGAGUCGGGGUUCGAGCCGAUCACGGAGUCCGACAAGCUGGCGGCUCAACGGCUCGUGCAGAACCUGAUCCCUCGGCUGCCCGACCAGUCGAGCUCGGUCUACCGGUACAACCUUGAGAUCUUCGAGGACCUCUGUCGGAUCUUCGGCAAAAGGCUGAGCUAUCCCGAGGCGCUGGACGAGCUCGCCACCAAGAGCCCCGACCUGGCGAUCCAAGUGGUGGUAGUGUUCCUGCGCUGCGGCGUGGAGUUUGAUCUGCUGCCCCGGCCCAGCUUGCGGAAGCUGAUCAGAGAGUCGGUCGCCGAAUACAGUGGCAGCGAGACGAUGAUGACGAUGCGCUUCGAGGCCAUGGGCUGGUACCUGGGCCACGUGGACGAGGAGGGCUUCGAGGCGGAGAGAAGCCGGUUGGUCCUGGUGUUCCAGCAGAUGAGCAAAAAGUCCCAGGGAGUGUGCGUCAAGUGCAUCUGCGCCCUCUACCGGGGCUGUCGCUCCGAAACUCGGUGUCGGGACUUUUUCAAGUUCGCCCGGCCCGCCGGCCUCGGCGACGAGCUCAAACCACGCUGCCUCGAGCUCUUUCUCCAGCGCGUGCCCGACAUCGAUCCCCUCGAACUGCCCGUGGAGCUGACGCUCCUGGAUCUCCGCGCGAUUUUGCGCGAGCGCAUCCUGGGCUGCGAGGAGGCCGCCCUGAAGAUAGUGACCAGACUCGUGCCGCUGCUCGCUGAGCCCGAAUUGCGGCCGUACUUGGAGCUCGUGGCCUCGGGCUACACGGGCCUGCACAAGUCCCUGCUGGAGCACCGACGCCUGGCUUACGCCGUCCUCGCCGAGGCGUACACGGCCUACCCGCCGCCAAGUGGAAUCGCCGAGCUGUGCUGCAGGGCGUUGGUUCGCGCCCUUACCGACCCGGCCGAGGAGAUCCAGCAGUUGGCGCUCGGCUUCUGGCGAGAGCGCGUCCACCUGCCGGACACUUGCUGCGAGCGGCUGCUGGCAGUUCUGGAGCUUUACGAGCCGGAGUCGCGGGACGCGUUCGCACGCUUUUUGUGCAUCCUCGCGCUCGAGCUGACGAGCAAGUCGAUCGACGACAAGAGCGUCAUGUUCCAGCCGCUCGCCAAUUGCACCUUUCGGGACUACGAGGUGCUGGUGCCCUGCAGAAGGCUCAAUCUGGGCUCCAUGGCGCCGUUGUUUGCGCCCUCGUUGGCCAGCCAGAUCAACCGGCUCAGUUUGAUGGGAACCCAGAACUUUGCUGCAGGAAGCCUGAGACUCGUGGCCACCAAGGACCUCAGCUUCGAGCCCACCUUUCAGUUCGCUGUCCCGACAUUGCCCGAUCCCUCGCAGAACAGUCUGUCGAAGCGUCUGAUCGCCGAGUCCCCAAAGACUUACAGCGACUACCAGCAAAUGGCGCUGCACAGGAGAAACGAGUUUCACAAGAAAUUGAAAAAGGAGUCGGAGGCUCGUCGGAGCAGCGCCAAGGUCUACCGCAAGUACAGAAUCGGUGAUUUCCCGGACGUCGAAAUAACUCACGCGACCUUCGUCGAGAGUCUGCGCCGGUUCAUAAUGAAGGACUGGCUGGCGUGCAAGAGUUUCGCGGUGGCGUUUGUUUGCAAGCUGCUCGAUAAGCUCAAGAGCAGCGACAAGCACCGGGCCUUCGUUGACGGUCUGUCGGUGAUUUUUAGGCGCGUGUUGCAGCAGGAAGACGAGAGAAACGACUUUGCCCCCGUCGUCUUGGAGAUCGCCCUUCACGCCAAGCACAUCAAAGUGGAUGCCAGUGCCGUUGGAAAAAUCUGCCGGAGCAUGGACUUGAACGCCCUUGGCAUACUCUUGCUAGAAGAGGAGAGUACCUACAGCGAGGAUCCGAGAGACAGCACCGGCUGUCCUCCCAGCAAGAGGCCGAGGCUGGCACCUCUGCACAAGGAUAACUUUAUACAGCUGGCAAGCUUGUACAAGUCCAUGGGCAUGACGGACGUCGUCGCGAGUAUAUUCAGACAGCCAAACAUGUUCCCGGAAAAGCUGCAAGAGGCCGCGCUGGCUCGGCUCGAGUGCAACUGGACAAAGGCCAGACAGGCGUACGAGGCAGCCUACAACGUGACGUCGGGUGCCGAGAGGGACCACUGUCUGGACGGUGAGUUCGAGAGUUUGGCUCAGCUGGGCAACUGGGAAAAAAUCAAUCGCAAGACCGAUCAAAUCUUGGAUGGCAAUUACGACAACGUGUGGGACGACCCGAGAAAGAAUCAACUCUUGCCGUGGAUCUUUGAAGCACAGCUGCAAGCAGCUUUGGUGAGCUUCGCUUCGGACGAGGAGCCUGACAACGCGGACUUUCUCAGGCACUUUGGCCAGUGGAUUUCCGAAAGUGAGGUGAAAAUGAAGCGUCUCUUUGGCGAGCAGAUAGCCAUGUUCUUUCUGUGUGGCUCGGCUCCUGAGGAGAAGGCCCGGCACGCUCUAAAGUGCUGCCUGGAACAAGUUCGAGAAAACUGGGUACGCUCGAGUCCGCUCUCCGAAAAUCCGAGGUUCAAAAUGCUGCUGCAGUUUCGGGCCAUGUUCAACAUAGAUGCUUACGUUAAGGUUAUCAGCUCGUCGGGUAGCGCGAAAAUCGAGGAGGACACGCGUGAUUUACUCAAAUACUGGGAUCAGCAUCUGCCCAAUCUGACCGACGAUUUACUGUCUUGGAGUAAGCUGCUGACUUACAGAUUGAGUUUCAUGCACCUGUUGCACGAAAAAAUUCAGAAUGAUUCCGAGGAUUCAGAUCUGUCAAACGAAUUGAUAGUCUCGAGUGUAAGGCAAAGAACGAGAAUGAGCGAACUAGCGAUCCGCAACGGUAAUGCGUCCGUUUUAAAGAAGAAUCUUACAAAAAUUGAGCCAAUAUUCCCACAGUUGUGUACAACCCACCCGGAAUUGAGUAACGAGUUCGAGUUGAAUGCCUCGAAGUACAAGUUUGUUAAUAGAAAAACGGCAACCGACUCAAAGAAAAAGUUUAAUUACUACCUGUGCUCUUGGGAAGUGGCCAAAGAAUUGUACGACCGCGAUGGCAUCGACCCUACGGUUUUGCUCAAUGUCAAACGUCACCUUUUCGAUUUGACGUCAUGCUUGCUAGAAGAAGCAAAAAAUGACGGACAAAUGCUCGAACUCUUGACCAACAAUAUAUUUGCGUGCGACACUUUGGAAGUUUACAGUUUUAAUUCGACUUUGCAAGCUCUGGAGGACUACUGUUUUAGAAAAUUGGAAGAAACUUGUGCUAUGGGUUCAGAAAAGGAAAAGAACGAAAGUUUUGCAAAGUUGGGAAGAUACUGUUACAACUUGACACAAAAUUCGAAAAUCCGCGAUCCCAAGCUGGAUAAGCAGCUUGUAAGCUCGAUACUAAAUGGAAUGAUGCUCGGUUCUGCCGAAGCCGCUCGUUACUUCCCGUGUCUACUAAACAGCAAGCUCUACCAGAAAAACGAGGAGCUUAAAAUGACCUUUUCUUCUAUGGUCGUAGACGUGCCAAGUUGGAUGUUUUUGACUUGCAAAGAUCAAGUGGUCUCGUAUCUGAGUGACUCGUAUCUCAGGGAUCUCCUUUUGCCAAUAGUCGCGAGGAUUUUCGACGAUUACCCGUAUGCUAUUGUUUAUGAUUUCAAUCAGCUGAAAAAAAGCAUUGGACGGGACGUAGGUACAGACAUCUGUCAAAGGUUGGAACAUUUUUUCAAUGUCAAAGGAAUCAAGGAGUUUAUCAAAGGGCUGCACCACGUUUGUCAGCCUGAACUGUACCUGAAGCACGAGCUGUUGGAUCUUUUUGACGGAAGAAACUUUCAAGAAGGCGUCGACACACUGAUGACCGAUUUGUACAAUGAGGGCAUGGAAGAUGCCAAGAGUAAACAGCAGGGCACCAUUUAUAAAAUUGUACUGAGCAAUUAUAAAGAAGAUAUCAAGAAACUGAAGACUAUGGACGUCCAGACGUCGAAAUUGUAUGUAUACCAAAUGGGCGAUAUUUUGCAAAGGGACAUGAAGAGACGUUUACAGAACAAUAGAAGACAGGCAUUGCAAUUGAAGGAUUAUAGCCCGCAUUUGGCAUAUUUUUCGGGUGAAGAUUACGAGAUCGAAAUACCAGGGCAAUACGAUGGCAGUAAAAAACCACUGCCCCAGUUUCACGUCAAAGUCGCCAAGUUUGAUCGCUUCGUCCGCAUAAUGGAAUCAAAAUGCAAUCCUAUUAAAAUCAAUGUGAUUGGCAACGAUGCCAGGAGCUACAGUUACCUCGUAAAGUGUGGCGAGGAUCUCAGGCAGGACCAAAGGCUACAACAAAUUUUCAAGACGACCAAUAAGACGCUCGAUGCUGACGUUAACUGUAGGCAAAGGUAUCUGUCGAUCAACACUUACCACGUACUGCCCCUGUCGUCGAAUUUGGGCUUGAUUCAGUGGGUCGACAACACGAAAUCGCUCAAAGAGUACAUUGAAUUUUCAAUGAAAGACAAGGACCUUCCGGGAGAUCUUGCAAGCGAGUAUCAGACUUGGAUACAAAAAGCUGCAAAGUCGAAUCAGAUCAGCGUCUGCUACAGAGAAGCUCUAGUCAAGUACAGCACGAAGGAGGUCGUCGAGAAGAUGACCAAACUAACUAGUCAAGUGGAGGACGAUAUUUUGAAAAAGACCUUUGCGACUCUCAGCCCGUCGUUGGAAUGUUUCAUGUCUCUGAGGCACAAUUUCAUAACUAGCUACGCCACCAUGUCCGUGAUACACUGGCUCACUGGAGUGGGAGAUCGGCAUCUGGAGAACCUUCUGAUCGAGGUGAAAAGCGGCAAAUGCUACGGCAUUGAUUUUGGACUGGCCUUUGGAACUGGUAUUGAUCAAUCGGUUCCUGAACUGGUGCCAUUUAGAUUGGGGCAAAUACUGGGGCUGUUGAAGCCGUUUGACGAGACCGCGCUAUUGGGAAUCACAAUGACACACGUACUCAGUGCCUUGAGAAAGGAACAUGGUCCGUUGUCCGCGUACUUGGACAUUUUCAUUCAUGAGCCGUUGGACUGGACCCAGAAUUCAAAAUGGAUCCCGCAUGAUAAGAUCGAUGUUGUUAAAAAAAAAUUAAGUGGUAUGAAUCCGGCUGCUGUGUUGUUGAAAGAAUUAGCAGACGCUCAUUGCCAAUCGCUGGAAACGGAUGUGCUUUACUCCAAGUACAAAACCAUCGUAACCGGAAGCGACUACCUCAACUCCGCGAGAUCGAAACUUUUUGAUGGAAAUCUUACGCCGGAAGAACAGGUACAAUGCCUUUUGGAGCAAGCAAAGGAUUUCAACCUCUUGGGAAGAAUGUGGGUUGGAUGGACUCCGUUUUUGUGAUUAUAUAUUUUUAUAAUACUAGAUUAAAGAAAACCUGUUCCAAUACAAAAUGAUUGCU